AUAUGAAAACUCCCAGCUCUUACUCCUAGACAAAUAGCUAGCUAGCUCAGUUAAUAUAGCAAUGGUGGCUUCUCAUUCAACAAAACCCCAAAAGCCGCAUGCGGUAUUAGUAUGUUUUCCACUGCAAGGCCACGUCAAUCCGUCCGUCCACUUAGCAUGCAGGCUCGCUGAGAAAGGGUUCACCAUCACCUUCAUCAACACCCAAUCCGUACACCGCCACCUCACCAAGAGCAACAAACAGGACGGCGACGACGGGGACAUCUUCUCCGGCAGCCGUGAACAGGGCCUCGACAUCCGUUAUGUCACCAUUCCCGACGGCCUUCCGGUGGAGUGGGACCGGUCGGUGAACCACGACCAGUUCAUGGCUGCCCUUUUGCAUGUUUAUUCUGCCCACGUGGAGGAAGCGCUGAAGGGUAUCUUGAAGUCAACGCCGCCAGUCAACUGCUUGAUCGCCGACACUUUCUUUGUGUUCCCCGGGAAACUGGCCAAGAAAUAUGAUCUGAUCUAUAUAUCUUUCUGGACCGAACCGGCUUUGGUUUUUACUCUUUACUAUCACAUCCAUCUCUUGAAGCUAAAUGGCCAUUAUGGUUGUUCAGAUGUGAGGAAGGAUGAGAUUGACUACGUGCCUGGAGUUGGAUCAAUCCGACCUAAAGAUUUAAUGUCAUACAUUCAAGAAACAGACACAACAACAGUGUGUCACCAAAUCAUUGAUACUGCAUUUGCCGAUGCUAGAGACCAUGCAGAUUUUGUGUUGUGCAACACUAUUCAAGAACUAGAGCAGCACACCAUUGGUGCUCUCCAAGAAAAGAUGAAGUUUUUCGCGGCAGGUCCCAUCUUUCCGCCUUCUUUCUCCUCGAAUCCACAAGUCAAGACGAGCCUAUGGUUGGAGUCCGAUUGCACCCAGUGGCUCAACUCCAAGCCACACGGCUCGGUGUUGUACGUCUCAUUCGGUAGCUAUGCACAUUUGUCAAAACAAGAAAUUCUUGAGAUAGCUUAUGGACUAUCACUUAGUCAGGAAAAUUUCAUUUGGGCGCUUCGACCCGAUAUGGUGAGCUCAAACGAUUCAAAUCUGUUGCCCCGAGAUAUCAUAGAAGAGGUUAGCGACCGUGGGCUGAUCAUACCUUGGUGCAAUCAAAAGCAGGUUUUGACCAACCCAGCCGUGGGAGGUUUCUUAACUCAUUGCGGUUGGAAUUCAACUCUGGAAAGUAUUUGGUGUGAGGUGCCAUUACUUUGCUUCCCUCUCCUUACUGAUCAAUUCACUAACAGGAAGCUGAUUGUGGAUGAUUGGAAAAUUGGAAUGGAUCUAUGUGACAAAAAGCCAAUCUCUAAGUUGGAAAUAGCAGGGAAAAUCAAACAAUUGAUAGGUGGUAAAUCAAGUGAAGAGCUAAGGAAUGCAAUGAAGAAAGUGAAGAAGACAAUGGAAGAUGCAUUGAGCAAAAGUGGAUCCUCUCGGAAAAAUUUGGAUCAAUUUAUCUCGAAUGUGUUAACCACUAUUCAUAUUAGGGGUGGACACGAUUCUAUUGUUUAUUCAUCAGAAUCAUAACCUCCACGAACCAAAACAUUAUUUAUAAGGUUUUGAUUCCAAUUCUAUCAAAUGGUGGAUUAAGGUCAACUAUUAUCGUAGCGAAUUCGGGACAAGAUCGGCCUGAAAAGUAGUGUGAAAUAAUAUCCCAACCCAAAACUUAACUGGAACUGUCGAUCCUAAGAACUGGAAUAAGGACCUAUUACAAAGGCUUUUAUCAUGGUUUUAGGUGGCAAGGAACCAGAGCCACUAGUUCAGGCCUAAUUCAAAUUUAUGUACAAAUUGAUCUCUUUUUAUAUUUGUUUGUUGUGAAAUGGUUAAGAGAGGUUAAAUCUCACUCUUUCAAUUGUUUAAUUUGUGUGUACAGUAGUUGUGGAAACCAUCAAAGUUGUAUGCAGAAGAACUUGUUACUGUAUUUUCUCAUUUCCUGUGUAUAUUUUCUUCCCCCCAUCGAAUUAUGUUUAAAAUGUAGCGAAAGCAGCAAAAUCCAAAGAACUAGCACAUUUUGCC